AUGCAUCUCUCACUGGACGCCACGACGACCAUGGUGGAUGAUGGCUGCCUUGCGUCAGACAACUACCACGACCUGAAGGGCGGCAGCUCCAACGCAGGAGGCCGAGUGCACAGCAUCGACGUCAUCCUGGGCUUCAGCAAGGACCAGGACCCCCUGCUCAACCCAGUCGGUGCGGACGGCGUCCAGAAAAUGGACUCCGAGGAUAUACUGCAGGGCAAGCAGGGCCCCACUGACCUGUACGGCCACCUGCCAGGGAUCACGGAGGCCCAGCCGCAGACAGCAUAUCAGGACCCCGGACUCUUCUCAAGUAACACGAGUAACGACAGCAACAGUAAAUGUGAUGCAGAGCUGUGUGACCUCCAGAAAGGCAUGGACACCGACAGCAGGUCCCCUGAGCCCCACGAGGAGGACAUGCCCAAGAAGAAGCACCGCCGCAACCGCACCACCUUCACCACCUACCAGCUCCACGAGCUCGAGCGUGCCUUCGAGAAGUCCCACUACCCCGAUGUGUACAGCCGCGAGGAGCUCGCCAUGAAGGUCAACCUGCCGGAAGUCCGGGUUCAGGUCUGGUUCCAGAACCGACGCGCAAAAUGGCGGCGCCAGGAGAAGAUGGACACCAGCACGAUGAAGCUGCACGACUCGCCCAUGCUCUCCUUCAACCGGCCGCCCAUGCCCACCAACGUGGGGCCCAUGACCAACUCCCUGCCCCUGGACCCGUGGCUGGCCUCCCCCCUGGCCAGCACCACGCCCAUGCACAGCAUCCCCGGCUUCAUGGGCCCCACGCAGACCCUCCAGCCCGGGUACGCCCCGCACCCCGGCUACCUCAACACCUCCCCGGGCAUGGUGCAGAGCAUGCAGACCAUGCAGACCAUGCAGCCCAUGGCGCCGCCGCCCUACCAGUGCCCUCCAGCCUUCAACGACAAGUAUCCUAUGGAGGACGUGGACCAGCGCCACUCCAGCAUCGCUGCGCUCAGGAUGAAGGCCAAGGAGCACAUCCAGUCCAUGGACAAGACCUGGCCGCACAUGUGA